AAUCUGAGCAAUGUCUUCCACACUCCCUGCCCUGCUCUGCGUCGGGCUGUGUCUGAGCCAGAGAAUCAGCGCCCAGCAGCAGACUCUCCCAAAACCGUUCAUCUGGGCCGAGCCCCAUUUCAUGGUUCCAAAGGAAAAGCAAGUGACUAUCUGCUGCCAGGGAAAUUAUGGGGCAGUUGAAUACCGGCUGCAUUUUGAAGGAAGCCUUUUUGCCGUGGAGAGACCAAAACCCCCUGAACGGAUUAACAAAGUCAAAUUCUACAUCCUGGCCAUGAACUCCCGCACGGCAGGGCAAUACAGCUGCAUCUAUCGGGUUGGGGAGCUCUGGUCAGAGCCCAGCAACUGGCUGGAUCUGGUGGUAACAGAAAUGUAUGACACACCCACCCUCUCGGUUCAUCCUGGACCCGAAGUGAUCUCGGGGGAGAAGGUGACCUUCUACUGCCGUCUAGACACUGCAACAAGCAUGUUCUUACUGCUCAAGGAGGAAAGAUCCACCCGCGUACAGCGCGGAUACGGGAAGGUCCAGGCGGAGUUCCCCCUGGGCCCUGUGACCACAGCCCAUAGAGGGACAUACCGAUGUUUUGGCUCCUAUAACAAGCAUGCCUGGUCUUUCCCCAGUGAGCCAGUGAAGCUCCUGGUCACAGGCGACAUUGAGAACACCAGCCUUGCACCUGAAGACCCCACCUUUCCUGCAGACCCCUGGGACACCUACCUUGUAACCACAGAGACGGGACUCCAGAAAGACCAUGCCCUCUGGGAUCACACUGCCCAGAAUCUCCUUCGGAUGGGCCUGGCCUUCCUGGUCCUGGUGGCUCUAGUGUGGUUCCUGGUUGAAGACUGGCUCGGCAGGAAGAGGACUAGAGAGCGAGCCAGCAGAGCUUCCGCUUGGGAAGGCAGGAGAAGGCCGAACACAAAGACUCUGUGA